GGAGGUCAUCCUGACUCAGUGAAGCGGGCUGUGCCUUUGCCUCUGGACCCUGCAGCUCCCUCCAACCUCUCAGCCACCCCUGAAAUUGGAGACAGAGCCUGGGGUGAAGACAAAGAGGCGAUGGACGGGGCGGACCUCGACGACCCCGGAGCUUGGUCUGAGGACAGAGUGUUCGCGGAGGACGCAACGGCAGUUCGGACUGAAACAGAAGCAGCAGUGCGUCCCGGAGCAGGUGGCAAAGUCUUUGCGGAGACUGGGAUUUUGACGGGAGCUGGUGCCUGGGCUGAAGUUGGGGCUGAGUGGAGGCCAGUGGACAGGGAGGGGGGUGAGCUGCCAAACAUGCCCAGGGACCCGGCCGCCUGGCUGGGGGAGCAGGGGCUGCAUGCGCAAGGAGAGGGCCAAAGAGAGCAGGCGGCUUUUUCAUCAGUCCUCACCAUGCUGGCGGAGACGGCAGAGUUUCAGGCACCAGCAGUGGGAAAACCUUUAGGGCUGCUGUCUAAAGUUGCCUGGACCAGAGGCUCCUCUUCAUCGCCGUCCAAGGCCUCCUCCUCUUCCUCAUCCUCUUCUGCAGCAAAGGCCUCCUCCUCUUCCUCUUCCUCCUCAUCCUCUUCUGCAGCAAAGGCCUCCUCUUUGCCUUCCUCAUCCUCCUCAUCCUCUCCACCCAGUAACAGAAACAGUCCCACAGCAGGGUCAAACAACGUAACUCUGGUGGCCGUCAACAGCAGCUCCUCCAACAGCAACGACAGCUUCAGUUCAGACGAGCCGGUGAACAACCUGCCGGCCUGGGACCUGCCCACCGUCCCAGAGUCCCUGCUGUCCACAGUGGGUGACCACGACGUCACACUUCCCGCCAACGUCACCAGCCCUUUCUCCACCCACCAAUGGAACACCACUGUGCCCGCACGCACCACAAACACCUCACGCCCAACGACCGCGCCCAGCACCACCAUAAAGACAUCUCUAUCGACCACCACCACGUCAGCUUUACCGCUCUCCGCUGCGGCGACCGCACAAACGUCGCCAGAAUCCACCACGGCUCCGAACAGCACGAGCCAGGACAUUGUGACCGGUGAAGGCCUUCAGCUGACGACGGUAACCACGACGAUGCCCUCAACGACCAUUCUGACUGUUACCGCUGAUGAGGUGAUGAUGCAGGCGGUGACCACUGGGAGUGCUGCGACGUCACUACCAAAUAUCAGUGCUGCUACGACCACGCAGCCGACGACGAGCCUCAGACAAACCACAGAGGCUACGUCUCCGCCUACAACCACCACCACGACCACACCGGCCCCUACUACCCCCACCACAGUACCUCCAACCACCACCACCUCCACUACUACCACCACCCCUCCCCCUACUACUACUACUACUACUACCACCACUACUACUACAACUACUCCUGCCCCCACAACAACUACGACCACUACUACACGUGCAACCACAACAACAAUGGCACCUGUCACCACUGUGUUCAUGGACCACACGACUCCACCUCCGACCACAACCACAGAACCUCCGUCCAGCACCACUGCAGAGGAAGGUCCUCUGCCCUGCAACGUGACCGAGAAGUACUGGGUCAGAACAGUUUUGUCCAUCGAGCUUCGCAGGAACCGCCUGGACCUGAUCCUGAAGCAGAAUCUGUCUAAAGGACUGAGCCACGCGCUGCAGAGAGCCCUGAACGACUCCGCGGCCUCGGCACAGGUGGAACAUGACGACUGCAGCCCCCACAACGUGACCCUGGUUUACUACGUCACCAGCGGGAAAACCAUCUACAUCGCGUCUCAGGUGGUGGAGGCGCUGAACGUGUACGGUUUUGACAAAUUGCUGUCGGACAUCAGGCAGCACAUCCCGCUGGUGAAGGCGGUUCUGGUUCCUGUGGCGACCUGGAUGCCCACGCCGAGCAUUCACCUGCAGCUGAGAACAGUGCUGAGGUUCGUCGGCCCGACAGACAACAUCUACUCCUGCAGUUUUGUCCAGAUGUUGGAGCAGAGGCUGGAGAACGCCUUCGAUGAGGCUCAGGACAAAGUGCUGGAGACGUACAACAGGCUCGCUGUGGAGAUCCAGAGUGUGUCCCAGGAGCCCGGCUCUCCGUCCGUCUCUCUGGUUUACGUGGUGAAGAAUCAGGACGCCGUCCUCAACGGGACCAUCUCCAGCGGCCUCCUCAACCAGCUGACUGCCGAGCUGGUGGGCUACUUCCUGUUCUACCCUCCCCUCGUCAUCGCUGAGCCCCUUGAAUACCAUAAUCUCAACACGUCCAUGGCAACGAAGAACUAUUGGGUGAUAACAGUGAUCCAGGACGUGGACACCUCCUCCCUGGAGGCAAACUACCAGAGCUUCGCCAACCUGAUGGAGCAGCGCCUGGCCGAGCUCUUCCUGGUGGCCGGCAGGCAGGGCUCGCAGGCGGCCCGAUCCCGGCGGGCCACAACCGUAGGGGGCUACACUGUGCAGAUGGUGAGCAUACGUCGACUGCCCGGCCCCAAGAACCCUGCGGAGAUGACGUACUACGCCCAGCUGAAUGGAGCAGCCAUCACUGGAACCACUGCUGCCAAGACCCUCAGCAGUCUGGACUCCCAGACCAUGGCUCUGACGCUGGGAUACUUUGUACAAGUGCAGGCUGAACCCGUGGUAAAGAUCCCGCCCAGCAACCUGUGGAUCAUGGCCGUCCUGACGCCUCUUUUCCUGCUGAUGGUGGUGAUCGGCAUGGUGGCCUUCAUUCUGUGCAAGAGGAACAGGGUCAUCUUCAAAAGCGGCGCCUUCAGGUCGUUCAAAACCCGCUCCAAGACGUCAUACCGACGGGAGGCCAGUUACCACCACCAGCCGGUCCAGGGCUUCGACUACGCCAAGAAGCACAUGGGUCGAACGGGCGACGAUGCCGUCUCCGUCACCAAGGAAACGCUGGUGCUGGGGCUGCCGGUGCGAGACGCUCCGUUGUCGCUGUCGCUGGAUAAGAAGGUUCACCAGGACGGGACGGCCAGUAAGAGGCCGCCAUCAGCUGACAUUCACAAAGGAGGACGGUUGCCAAGCGAGGAAGACGGCUCGGUGUCGAGUAGCGGCUCGGGGAAGCUGAACGCCAGCAAGAGCUCGUCGGCCCGUCGGACGGCGACCGGCAGCAGCACCAAGAACGCCAAGGAGGAGCUGCACAAGAGGAGCACCAACGACCCGUACGAGGACCACACUGGGUCCCUGCGUCUCAUCACCAUCAAGCCCAUGACGGCCCAGCCGACCUACUCCUACCCCUCCUCCUCCUCCCACAGCCAAGACUCUGUGGUGCUCAACGGCGAACCUCCAGGCGACGAGAACCUCAAUCACUCCCGAGGCGAUAACUGCGUCUUCAUGCUCUUCAGGAAAAUGAGCAGUUUUCUGUGA